UCCUGCCAACGCCAAAUAAAUCGAAUAAUCUCAACGAUGGGCGUUAAAAUGAACUUGAAUACGUAUAAAAACGCUUAAAUGUAUUUCCUUUAAACUGCAGCGACUGCAAAAAUGUGGAGGAAGACAGUGAGUGCAGUAAAUACUUUUUUAGAGGGAAGGAGUAGCGGAGUUAAGGAACUGUGGGGUGCCUGUGCAGUGCGACCAUGCAGUACCGAGACAUCUCCUGCAGCCAGGAUGACCGCAAGACAGGCUGCAGACUUUUGGAGGAGACGCUUUGAGGUCAAAAGUAUGACAGAACCUGACCUCUCCAGCCACUACAUCAUCGCUCAUGUGCUCGGGGCUAAAACUAUUCAAAGUGUUGAUCCGGAGCGAUUGUCCGCCUUUCUCACUCAAGAGGAAACAGAGCAAAUAUGGACGCUCUGCAAGAGGCGCCUUUCCAGCAUGCCUGUGCAAUAUGUGAUUGAGGAGUGGGACUUCAGAGAUCUGACACUGAAGAUGAAGCCUCCUGUGUUCAUCCCACGACCAGAAACAGAGGUGUUGGUAGAACUGGUACUGAAGGAUCUGCAGAGGAAAAACGACGGCAGACGAGGCUCACCUACAUGUUUGGAAGUGGGAUGCGGCUCUGGGGCCAUUUCUCUCAGCCUGCUCAAGAGCCUGCCUCAGCUUACAGCCAUUGCACUAGAUCAAAGUCUGGAUGCUGUGGAACUGACAAAAGAAAAUGCAUCAAGGCUGGGACUUCAAGAUAGAUUAAAGGUUUAUCAUGUGGAUGUCAUGGAAAAUGCGGACACUGUGUUGAAGCUGUGCCGCAACGUGACUGCAUUAGUCAGCAACCCUCCUUAUCUCUUCACGGAGGAUUUGUCAUCACUGGAACCGGAAAUUUUUAGGUUUGAGGACCACGCCGCUUUGGACGGAGGCAAGGACGGCUUGAAAGUAAUCCAGAAGAUUCUGACUCUGGCUCCACACAUUCUGGCAGACGACGGCCAUGUUUACUUGGAGGUGGAGCCCAGACACCCCGGGAUCAUUGGGCAGUGGGUGGAGACCAACGUGAAGCAGCUGCAUUUGGUGGAGACGCAUCACGACAUCAGCAGCAGGCCCCGAUUUUGCAUCCUUCAGAGAAAGAAGUCCAAUGUCCACACGCUGGACCUGGAUUGAGAAAGUCAGAUCCUAUUACGCUGGCUUUCGUCCAGGUGGCCAUAGCCUGAUCCCCCGCCUCCACCCCUGCGUAAGCCGUUAAACACGCUUACUAGCGCCACCGCUUCCAUCGUUCCACAUUCUCACUUGUUUUUUUGGAGCACAAAUCCUUUAAAUCGCUCAUUUUGUGUAUUUUUUUUUUUUUGCGUGUCCUGUGCUUCAAUAGCACAAAAAAUGUGUGUGUCAUGGCACAGAAGCGGCUCAAAGCUGAAGGUAAUUACCAAGGCUUUUCUUAGAACACUCCCUCUCAGAAUCGCACCCUCCUCCCAGGAAGCAUUUUGUAGUUCUGUGAAUCGGCUGCUGAACGUUCCUCCCCUUUGCCCGUCCACUCAAGCUGACUCAGAUGCAGGCCCCGUGUGCGUGCAUGUGUGUGUUGUUGAACACACACACAUGCACGCACAUUGUGGCCUUUACAGCCUCACACAAUCUCACUAUGGAAGCUCAAAGGCCACACACAGUUUUAAUUAAGGGAACAAUACGAAUUUGAAUCAACACCUUUAGCGUCGUUACCUAAAAUGUAAAACGAUACUUUUCCACGGAAACAAAAAAGGUGGGGAAAUUCCCUGAUCUUUUGCCAAAUGUAAUGACCCGUGCUCCACCCCUCGUGUAAAGUUUUGUGCCAAAGUAGUAGUGCAAUCCUGCUAAAAAAACAAAAACACCUGCUUGGAAGACGUGUCAGAAGGGGCAAAAAAAAAAAAAAAAAAAGCCUACACGUGUAAAAGGUAGAAAAAUCAUUUACUGAGAAAAAUAAAAUGGCAACGGUGUGUAAAUAGAA